AUGGAUGUAGACUUGGAUAAUAAUAGUAAUAAUGCUACAGUCAGUCGUUUCACCCGUUUAAGAAGCUCUCACAACUUUUUAACCUUCACCGUCGGUCUGGCGAUCUUUGUCGACAUGGUCUGCUAUGGUAUCAUCAUGCCCUUGACCCCCUUUAUUGUCGAACGUUUGGGCCUUAAAUCAACAGCCAAUGGUGCCUUGAUUGCUUGUUUUGCUGUUGGAGUCUUGAUCUCUUCACCCAUUGCAGGUAUCAUUUCAGACAAAAUGGCAAACAGACGCACUCCAAUGAUCGUUGGUUUGGUCGGACUGUUGCUUGCUACAAUUCUCUUCAUGGAGGGUAUGGAUCAUUUCUGGUUAUUAUUGAUCUCCCGCUUUUGUGCUGGUGUAGCAGGAGGUACAAUGAUGACUUUAGGUCUUGCUCUACUCUCAGAUACCUUUCCUUCUAAUCAACUGGGUCAGGAGAUGGGAAAAGUGAUGAUUGGUCAAUCUCUGGGUCUGAUGGUGGGACCACCCGUUGGAGGACUUCUUCAGGAUAAUGUGGGUGAUAAAGCCCCUUACGUCUUCUGUAUUGUCCUCAUUGUUAUCGAUCUGGUCUGUCGUUUGUUGAUUAUCGAACCAAGAACUGCCAAAGUCAAAGCCAUUCGAGAAUUUCAGAAGCAACAGAAGCAGCAGCAGCAACAGCAACAACAGCAGCAACCAGCAACCGGUAUUGUCGGUUCAUUGGAGUCCUCCCCUUCUACGCCUGCUUCCGCACCUACCGCUGCCAAGGAGACAACUAUUCUUGCUCUUUUGAGCAAUUCGCGCCUACUCACUAGCUUGGCUAUCGGCUUCACUCAAGCUUUUCUUAUUGCUGCGCUUGAGCCAGUGCUGCCACUCUUCCUUGCAGAUAAAUUCGGCUUGUCCAAGACCAAGAUUGGUAUCAUUUUCCUUGCCUUCAGUCUCCCAUCGUUUAUUUCACCGGUUGCGGGCUGGUUCUCUGAUAAACAUGGUGCGAAGAUCAUGUCCAGUGUCGCUAUUGCGAUCUGUGUAGUUCUUGUGGCAGUCCUUGGAAUUCCUGGAAUGCCCCUUUGGGCCAUGAUCAUAUUCUUGGUGGGAAUCGGUGGUAUGUGUGCCAUCUUUUUGACUCCAAUCAUGGCGGAGGUCUCUGCAGUGGUCCGAGUGACGGGAGAUGGGGAUGGAUUCGCUAGAGCCUUUUCAAUACUUAAUAUGUGUUUCUCUUUGGGAAUGGUUGUUGGACCCUUGUUGGGAGCUUUGAUCUAUCAGGAGACUAGUAUGUUCUGGACUUGUAUCUUGAUCGCUGCUGUGACGCUUUUGUUGUUGCCCUUUGUAGUCUUGUAUAUGGGUGGUAAGGCACAGAAAUUGAGAGAUCAGGAACAAUAUGAAAGGGAUAUGCAAGCAGAGGAUAUGGUCCUGAAUAAGAUUCACAACCAAGGCACACUUCAAGAGAUUCAGCUGGAACAGAAGCUGUGA